AUGGAUCACAAACCAGAACCAUUCGACAUGGGCACAUGGAAGACUGAAGAGCCAGUUAAAGAUAUAGAGUGGAAAAGUAUUGGCAGAUCAAGUGAGCAAAGCGGCGAAGAAGUUGUGAAGAAAAGAUUGCCUAGAAAGAUUAGACAAAUUCCAGAUUCUUAUUUUCUCCCCAGAAGAUCUCUGCCAUCGGCGGUUGCAUUCUAUGGUGCAUGGAUUGUUGCUGGAGUUGGUGCUGGGAUGUUGGCAGAAAUCUGGAUAAACAAGAAAAUCAAAGUUGAUGUGAAUGGAUUGCGCAGCGAUUGUUAUUUGGAAUUGUCAAUUGUCAAAGCCCGGAGGAUGGAGGUGUUGUUUGGGAAUUUGACAAAUGAAAAGGACGGCCUUGGAGGAAUUGCGUUGCAGUUUAUAAUUUUAUAA